AUGAAAUGGAGAAGAGAUGCGAAUGAGGGACUGGUUGUUGCAGGUGGGAAUGGAAGGGGAAAGUAUCUGAAUCAAUUGGAUGGUCCUGAGGGAUUAGCUGUUGAUGACUUUGGUCACGCUUACAUUGCAGAUGGUUAUAACGAUCGAAUUGUGCGUUGGAGCGAAGAAGAAGAAGAAGUAGGUGGAUUAAUUGUUGGUAGUAAUGGAUACGGAGAAAAGCCAUUUCAUUUGUACCUUCCCAGUAGUUUGUCAUUUGAUGUUCAAGGAAAUCUUUAUGUUGCUGAUCAGAAAAAUCAUCGAAUCCAACGAUUUGAUUUACUUCGUUGA